AUGCUUAUUAGGCUAAAAAAGAGAAAAAUUCUGCAAGUCGUCUUGAUUGCGGUGGUGCUAAUUCUAUUCUUUUGUUCUGUGCAUAAAGAUGCUUCCUCUAGUUGGUUAUACGGCAGCAAGCUCAGAUUGCCGAGUCUGACAAGGUCCAAUCUUAAAAACGAUUUUUACACCACACUAGUACAAGCCAUCAUGGAAAACAAGCCAUUGGGUUCGCCUCCGGACUUGAAUAAGCUGCAUGAGGCGGAAGGAUGUACCUUUGCGAAUAACGUUGCUGCCCAUGACUCUGGACGUGAUAGUGACUUAAGUUACGAGAGCUUAAGUAAAUGUUAUAAUUUGAAUAGGACGGUCCAAGAAAGUCUAGGAGAAAUGCACAGUAGGUUUACGGAUAUCUUAUCAGGGAAACUGAAUUUUUCCAUCCCACAAAGAGAAGCACUUUUCGCCGGGUCUGAAGGGAUCGUCACAAUUGGAGGUGGAAAGUAUUCUGUGCUCGCAUACACGAUGAUCAAAAAGUUAAGGGAAACGGGGACUACACUGCCUAUUGAAGUCAUCAUCCCUCCCCAGGAUGAAGGCGAGGAUGACUUUUGUAAAAACUGGUUACCAAAGUUCAAUGGUAAGUGCAUUUAUUUCUCAGAUAUCGUUCCUUCGAAGCCGUUGAAAGAUCUAAAACUCACCCACUUCCAGCUAAAAGUCUUUGGGUUGAUAAUCUCCAGUUUCAAGCGUAUAAUCUUCUUGGACGCGGAUAACUAUGCGGUGAAAAACCUUGACCUUGCUUUUAAUACAACAUCCUUCCAAGAUACUGGGCUGAUUCUGUGGCCCGACUAUUGGAGACGUGUCACCCCUCCCGCUUUUUACAAUAUUAUUGGCUCUACCGUUGACACUGGCAAAAGAGUCCGUUUUGUAAGUGACGACGUUUCCCCCGUGUCACGUUAUGAUCCGUUUAUUAGUAACUCAAAAGAUUACACUCCAAAGGAGAUGCAAGAUCAUUUUCUGAGACAUGUUCCCCUGCAUGAUCUGGAUGGCACAAUGCCAGAUUUGAGCUCUGAAUCGGGCCAGAUGGUGAUUGAUAAGAUUCGCCACUUCCACACUCUAUUACUGGCAUUAUACUAUAACGUUUAUGGGCCUACUUGGUACUAUAAGAUGAUUUCUCAAGGUACUGCUGGUGAAGGUGACAAAGACACUUUUGUCGCUGCCGCCCAUGCCUUGAAUACACCAUACUACCAAGUAAGAACUAAAUUUGAAUUUGAUGGCUUUUUCUAUAAAAAAGGCGAUUACAAGGGUCUCGCCCUGCUCCAACAUGAUUUUGAACAAGAUUACAAGCAAUACCAAAAGGCCCAGCAAAAAGUUAAAGCCAAUAUUAAGGAAUUUUCCAAACUAGAUCCAGACUAUACUUUGGACAAUGGUUUCUUAAAAACUCUGAUGCUUAAUGAUGAUGGCUCUGAUUUGGAUAUUAUGUUUAUUCAUGCCAGUUUUUACAAGGCAGAUCCAUGGAUUCUGUAUCAUGAGAACAGGUUUAUUGGUUCAAAUGGCGAACAAGUACGUGGCUUCAGGAAGCCCCAUCGUUAUGGAAUGGAUUUUGAAUUAUUUCUGUUUAACGAUAUGAAGGAGUCCUUCUGUACCACUCCAAAGAGCCAAAUUAUUAAAUUCAAGUAUUUCGAAGAUAAAGUUAAUACACCAGAUUGGGAUGCGAUGUGCCAGUAUUUGACCAAUCAUAUUGAUUAUUUGGAGGCCACACAUAAGGAAGCUAUGCAAAACAAAAACUAA